UGAAAUGAGACAGUAAGUCCAGCCUCGUUUUUCUUCUGUCCAAUAAAAUGUGAAUUUACGCAGCGUGCGUGCCUGACAGCGACGCGCGGCGCAGAGCGCAGCAGACAGUCAGUCAGUCAGGGCAGGCAGGGCAGCGGAGUUGUUGGUACGAACAUCUUCAACUUCCAACAAAACCAAAAAAACAUCAGACUCGGACUCGGUCUGCUCCUCAAACAGCAGCAGCAGCUCCAGCUCACUCACUCACAGAAACCAAAACAUGCCUCGGACUGAUGAUCGCUGUUUUCUCGGAGGAGCCGCGGAGCCUUCACGCUGGAUUUAACGUCCGGAAAAAGAUGACUAAACGUGGAGCGAGCCGCGCAGGAGAACGUGUGCCUUGUUUGGAGCCGAGCGGGUCGUGUGCCACAACAUAAAAACAAAUAAAUAAAUAAAUUCAAAUCGGGGAAGCGAAGGCCAGCCUGUAGCAACCAGUUAGCUGCUAAGGCUAACUAGCCUGCUAACUAAACGUUACAGGUGUUUUUUUUUUGUUGUUGUUGUUGUUUUUGUUUUUUUUUUAAGGACGCAGCAAAAAAAAAAACAAAACCAAACGUGACUUGUAGCUGUAGUUAGCUGACCUCCAGCUAAACUCCCGGCGUGGUGGCUUCAUGUCGGACUUGUUGUGCCCGCCGGGAGCUUCUUUUUAACACUUUGUUGUUGUUAGCCGUUAGCUCCGCGGUUAGCAGCUAGCCUCGGUUAGCACGCAGAAGCUAACGAACUUUCCCAGGCUGCAUGUGCUCGUUUGGCGUCUUUUAGCUUCGCUUUCGCGCUUCGAACCGGACUGGCAAGUGUUUGUUUAAGUGAAAACUUUAUUAUUUUUUUGCCACCACCACCACCACCACCCCUUCUCCCCCCUCCUCCGCCUUGGACUGUGACCCACCCCACACAAGGACGCAUCUAUCCCGGGGGCCGAUGCUGACAGUUCAGCCCGGAUCACGGCAAGGACGCCAGGAGCCGCUACAGCGAUGCAGCCCCAGCAGAUAUACGACUUUUCGAGUGACGAGAACAGUCACAAAUGGAGAGGCCUCUUCGUGCAAGCUUUACGAAAGGUGCAGAAGCAGGUCCACCCAACCCUCUUGGCGAAGGAGGAUGCCCUGCAGCACAUCGAGGAGCUGAUCCUGCAGCUGCUCAACAUGCUGUGCGUGGCCCAGCCUCGCUCCGUGCAGGAUGUGGAGGAACGGGUCCAGAAAACCUUUCCCCACCCUAUAGAUAAGUGGGCGAUCGCUGACGCCCAGUCAGCUAUCGAGAAACGCAAAAGGAGAAACCCGUUACUUCUCCCCGUGGACAAGAUCCACCCACUGCUUAAGGAGGUUUUGGGCUAUAAAGUAGACUACCAUGUUUCCCUGUACAUCGUGGCUGUGCUUGAAUACAUAUCAGCAGACAUACUGAAGCUGGCGGGCAACUAUGUCGGCAACAUCCGGCACUACGAGAUCAGCCAGCAGGACAUCAAGGUGUCCAUGUGUGCGGACAAGGUUUUGAUGGACAUGUUCGAUCAGGAGGAGGACAUCGGCCUGAUGUCUCAGUGCACGGAGGAGCCGUCGUCCUCCGGGGAACUCACGUACGACGACCUGGUGAGGCUUGAAAUCGCGGAGGAGCGGCAGUACCUGCGAGAGCUCGACCUCAUCAUCAAAGUGUUCCGCCAUCACUUCCUGUCCAACCCCAAAAUCUUCACGCCUCAGGACGUGGAGGUGAUCUUCAGCAACAUCCUGGACAUCCACGAGCUGACGGUGAAGCUGCUCGGACUGAUCGAGGACGCCGUGGAGAUGACGGCUGACGGCAGCCCUCAUCCACUGGUGGGCAGCUGCUUCGAAGAUCUAGCAGAGGAGCAGGCGUUUGACCCCUACGAGACCAUGUCUCAGGAUAUCCUCAGUAAGGAUUUUCACGAGCACUUCAACAACCUGAUGGCGCGGCCAACCGCCGGCCUCUACUUCCAGUCAGUUGCAGAAGGCUUCAAAGAAGCAGUCCAGUAUGUCCUUCCACAGCUGAUGAUGGUCCCAGUAUACCACUGUAUGCACUACUUCGAGCUACUGCAGCAACUUCAGGAGCGCAGUGAAGACCAAGACGACCGAGAAUGUCUGAAACAGGCGAUCACGGCGCUGCUUAACCUUCAGUGUAGCGUGGAGCGCAUCUAUGCCAAGCACCAGCCUCGCCGUAAACCCGGUGAGCCGAUGUACCGCCUGUACAGCAGGCAGGUCCGCAGCAAACAGCUCGCCAUCAAGCGCAUGAACGAGAUUCAGAAGAGCAUCGACGGCUGGGAGGGGAAAGACAUCGGCCAGUGCUGCAGCGAGUUCAUCCUGGAGGGCCCGCUCCUACGAGCCGGCGCCAAGCACGAGAGGCACAACUUCCUGUUCGACGGCCUGAUGAUAAGCUGCAAGGCCAAUCAGAGCUCGCGGCUGCCGGGUUCGGGCAGCGGCGCGGAGUACCGCCUGAAGGAGAAGUUCGUGCUGAGGAAGAUCCGCAUCGUGGACCGCGAGGACUCUGUGGAGCUGCGGCACGCCUUUGAACUGAUAGGAAAAGACGAAAACUGCGCGGUUUUCUGCGCACGGACAGCGGAGGAGAAGGCGGCGUGGAUGGCGGCGCUGGUAACUCUGCAGUACCGCUCCACUUUGGAUCGCAUGUUGGACACGGUGCUGCAGCACGAGGAACAGGAGCAUCCUCUAAGACUGCCCUCCCCGGAUGUUUACUGCUUCGCCGUGCAGGACUCGGAGGAGAAUAUUGUUUUUGAGGACAAGGUUCAGAGCAAAACGGGCAUCCCGCUCAUCAAGGCCGGCACAGUGGGCAAGCUCAUAGAGAGGCUCACCUACCACAUGUAUGCUGAUCCUAACUUUGUGCGCACGUUUCUCACCACGUACCGAUCAUUCUGCAAACCACAAGAGCUUCUCAGCCUGCUGAUAGAAAGGAUUGAGAUCCCUGAGCCAGAACCGACCGAGGAGGACCGACAGGCUCUCUGGAACGGCGACCAGCCGAUGGCGGCCGAGCUCCAGAGAUUCCGGAAGGAGUACGUGCAGCCGGUCCAGCUCAGGGUUCUCAACGUUUUCCGCCAGUGGGUCGAACAUCAUUUCUAUGACUUUGAGAACGAUCCGGAGCUGAGGAGUCGAUUAGAGGAGUACAUCACCAGCAUCAUUCAACUGAGAGGGAAGUCGAUGAGAAAGUGGGUCGAGUCCAUCAACAAGAUCAUCAAGAGGAAGCUGCAGACGCAGUCGAACGGCGUCAGUCACAACAUCACCUUCGAGAGCCCGCCUCCUCCCAUCGAGUGGCACAUCUGCCGAGCGGGCCAGACGGACUCGUUCGACCUCAUGACCCUUCAUCCGAUCGAGAUCGCCCGCCAGCUGACUCUGCUCGAGUCCGAGCUCUACAGAGCUGUCCGGCCGUCCGAGCUGGUCGGCAGCGUCUGGACCAAAGAGGACAAAGAGAAGAACUCCCCGAACUUGCUCCGCAUGAUCCGACACACCACCAACCUCACGCUGUGGUUCGAGAAGUGCAUCGUCGAGACGAUGAACCUGGAGGAGAGGGUGGCCGUGUUGUCUCGGGUCAUAGAGAUUCUGCAGGUUUUCCAGGAGCUCAACAACUUCAACGGCGUGCUGGAGGUGGUCAGCGCCAUCAACUCUGUCCCAGUGUACAGGCUCGACCACACCUUCGAGGCAAUACCAGAGAGGAAAAAGAAGAUCCUGGAAGAAGCCGUGGAGCUGAGCCAGGACCAUUUUAAGAAAUACUUGGCUAAACUCAAGUCAAUAAACCCGCCCUGUGUGCCUUUCUUUGGUAUCUAUUUAACCAACAUCCUGAAGACGGAGGAAGGCAACCCGGACUUAAUCGUACGCCACGGCAAGGAGCUGAUCAACUUCAGCAAACGGAGGAAAGUGGCAGAAAUCACAGGAGAGAUCCAGCAGUACCAGAACCAGCCGUACUGUCUGAAGGUGGAGCACGACAUCAGGAGGUUCUUCGAGAACCUGAACCCGAUGGGCAACAGGAGCGAGAAGGAGUUUGCUGACUACUUGUUCAAAAUGUCUUUGGAUAUUGAGCCACGGAACUGCAGGCAGGCUCCCCGAUUUUCCAGGAAGACCAUGUACACUCUGAAAUCUCCAGGGAUCCGGCCCGUGCGAACGUCUACCUCUGGCACCCUGAAGGGCCACCCCGUCCCCCUGGAGAGGGAGCCCCCACACAAGAUCACCUUCCGGAGCAUCGCCGAGACCGAGCCGGAGACGCUGGCGUCGGCCUCGGUGCCCACCUCUCCGAACACGCCGACCCCACCGCAGUCGGCCUCGUCCGACCUCAGCUCAGUCUUCAUGGAGCCCGACCUCAGCAGCUCCUACAGCGGUAGCAGCUCCAUAUUUGCUUCAGUUCUUCUUCCGCCUUCAAAGUCCCAUUCUGCGUCUUGCAGCAGCCUCCACCAGCUCGGGGAGGAGCAGCUGAAGCCGCCUCCUCUGCCGCCACGAAGGAAAGACGCGAUGUCUGAAGCCAAAAUGAGCUCCAGGUCCGACGGCCCUCCGGCCAUCCCUCCCCGGCUGCCUCCUCCUCUGCCCAGGAACCAGCCACGACCGAUGAUCUACAACGGCCCGCCCGCCGACGGGCCCCUGCCCAGCCCUCCUCCUCCGCCGCCCCGCGACCCUCUCCCCGACACGCCUCCCCCGGUGCCACAGCGGCCCCCGGAGAUCUUCAUCAACUACCCCCUCAACCUGCAGCCUUCCCCCGUGGGCCGCUACCACUGGGACUUCAGCAGCUCCCCGAGCUCCCCGAACACCCCGCCCAGCACGCCGUCGCCUCGCGUCCCCAGGCGGACUUGCCCGCUCAGCGCGAGCCAGAACAGCCUCUGCCCCCUCCCCGGCUCCAUCACCGCUCCACCCGUGCCCCCGCGCCACAACUCCAGCCCGCAACUCCCCAAACUCCCGCCAAAGACAUAUAAAAGGGAGCUGCUGCAGCCGCCGCUUCAAGGCCUCUCAUUGGUGGAGAACACUGACAGCAGCCAGUGAGCGCGCGUCGUGUUUUUUUUUUUUUGUUUUUUUAAAUGCAAACUUCAAACUGUCUCCUGCAAACCAAGACACAGUGGACUCCAAAAGCUACUGAUCGGAAAGAAUUACACUGCUCCACACACACACACUUAACUCCACCCGCCCCGCCCUCUGCAUCGACCAAUCACACCCCCCCCGCUGUGCCUCUCAGGGGAUCAGUAGCUCUCCGCCUUCAUCAGAAACCCUCUGUGCCAAUGAGAAACCCACACCGGUGUGCCAGCUAAUAAACAACAAGGAGUCGAGUGUUUGUCUGUUUCUUCUGAAUGGAGAUAAAAGUUCUCACCCCCUCGCACUCUUCAACUCGCCCUCACGCCCCGCUCCUCUAUCAGGGCCGGGUGAAUGUGGAGGGGGGGCCUUUUGGACUUUGUAGCCUCAACGUUGUCAUGCUUUGUUUCUUUGGGCAUUGACAUCACCGGGGAGUCGACCUCUCUCCUCCUCCUCCUCCUCCUCCUCGACGAUCCACGUAGAUGUAGCUCUUUCGCAGCGGGUGUGAGCGAGCGGACGUUUCCAUCGACUCGUUUCUUUUUUUUUCCUACAAACUGAAAAAACAAACAGUUGCCAAAGUCUUAUUUUAUGCAGGGGGAUAAGGGAUAAGUUGUUUUUGUUCUUUUUUUUAAACUAAUGUGACAUUGAAAGAAACACACAGAGGAGGCGACACUGAAUCCCCCCACACCUAUCUCAACUGUACACUGUGACUGUGUUGGACGUGAGUCAAACUGUCUUGACUGUUUUUGUUUUGUUUUGUUUUUUUGUCUGAAGACUCCGCAGCCACAAAACGUUGCCUUUUAAAAAUAACCAACAGUGGUGACCUCUGACCCCACAGGCUCCGGUCCUCUCUGCACCCCCCUCUCGCCGUCCGCCCAGGCUCCGGUCCUCUCGGGGCUCGGAUGGGACGAACGAGAGCCGAGAACACUCCAUUUGCACAUCGAGUUUUUGGGGGGGCAGCAGGUUUGAGACGGACGGACGGACGGACGGAGGGUCUCUCGAUGCCACGAUGUUUAAUCCCGAUCCAGGACGAAGACGAGGAGUUUCUCUCCGACUCUUCGAACAAAGCUGAUGUCUUAACCGAUCCCCUUACAGACGUGCGCUGCUGUCAUGACAAAAAAAAGAAGCCGUCACGACCAACUCAGCACUAGAAGCACGCAACCCUCCACCCACCACCACCACCACCACCAGAGCUGGGACAGCUCCACCCAGUGGCUGCUCGAACACGACCCAUGAAAACAAAAAAGAGGAACUUUUUAACGCAACUUCUUCUUCUCCUUCUUCUUCUGUAUCUCUCUCUCUCUCUCUCUCUUGUUUUCUGCUUGAAGAUGUUUCACUUUGGAAAGACUGAAAUAAUCCAUGCAUCACGCUCAAGAUGUGCCUUUUUAUUUUUGUUUUCUACUUUACAGAAAUAAGCAAAACAAACAAACAAACAAACAAACGGUGUCUAAAAAAAACACAAAAAAAAUGCUAAAAAAAAAUAAAAUAAAGUUGCCUAUGUAAUGUUUAGAACAAAAAGCUAUACACUAUGAAAAAUUGUACAUGUUUGUGGAUACUGUGUAUAUAUAACAUGUAUACACUAACUAAAUAAUUUGUAUAAAGUGACAAGUUCCCUUUUUUCUCCCCCCACGUUGUAUCGCCGCCUCAUCCGCAGCUGUUCAGUCGAAUAUCGCCUAAAUAAUCCAACGCUGCUACAGUCGGAUAAAAAAAACUAAAAAAACAAAACGAAAGAAAAAAACACAGGUCACUGUCACUAACUUUACUUACAGACAAUCUCCAGUUGAGUAUUAACUGAGGAAAGCCAUUCGUUUCUCUCCUCCCCUCUCUCUCUCUCUCUCUUUAGCUGUUUUAAAGCAAUGACAAAAAAAAUAAAAAUCUAUAUAUACAGUUCAAUAUGCCAAGCACUUACUUAGACGUGUGCUUCACUUUGUACAUCCUACUAAUUGCCUUUUUCUCCUUUUCAAAGAUUUUUUAAUGCUAACACUCAUUAAACAGAGGUUGGAAUCGUAUUAAAGUUGCAGUUGAAUAUAAAUAUAUAUAUAUAAAUACAUACCUAUAUUCAGUUGCAUAGUGAAGAAUUGGAUUUUUUUUUGUUUUUGUUUUUUCUUCUUCUUCUGAGAAACACACUUUGUGCACUUUAGGCUGUACUGUUGAAGAGCCGCAGUUGGUUUAUGGGUCUCUGCAACGGGUCCUAUGCAACUGUUCAAACUCACUUUCUACAUGGAUCAGGGCACACACACACACACACACACACACACACACCUCGUGAUGACACACCUGAGGAUGUCUGACCACCACGAGCAAGAAUAAAAAAAAAACAAGAAUAAAAAUCACUCGUGCCCCCUUUUUUCUCCUCACUUUGCCCUCCUGAUGUUUAAACUGAUCAAACUAGAGAUGAGCGGAGGGGGAAGUUUUGGAGGAGUCAGUAUUGUUGGGGUUAAUUUUGCCAAAGUUUUUUCUGUUUGUUUCUUUUCUUUUCUUUUUUUUUUUUAACCCCGGCCGAGACAAACACAGAUUAUUAUUAUUUUGUUUUUUGUUUUUCCUCCGGUGGCACUGUAACAACAGCUUGAUCCAGCAGUCGGUUUAUUUGAUGGUAUGUGGCCUUUUAACUGCUUUGUAUUAAUGGUCUUGAUGAGAUUAAUAAAUCACCCAGUCUUAUUUUGUACUGAA